GCGAUGAUUCAGUAGAAGAUUUUUAUAAGAAGUACAAGGAGUAUAUAAAGCUUUCUAGAUGGGAUGAAAGUCAGAAUAAAAAUCAAUUUAUUCGUGGACUCUCAUCUGCAAAUCAGUUCGAAGUAAGAUUAUGUGGAUUAGAUCUUCCUUUAGAUGAACUA